CAUUCAUUAUCAUAUCGGGCGAGGGUGUUUUUACGCGAGACGAUCGUAAAAAUAAAAUUAUCUCAAAUUUAUUUACUAUUUUAGUGCUUUUAAUAGUGUUUUCCAAUUAUGUCGGUGUUAAUUGUGUGAACCAUGUGUAGUGAACUGCUAGGAACAUCCUGGAGUAAGAUUAAAGGUUCCAGUUAAAGGUUCAGUAGCCAUUAGCUAUUGAACGAGUCAAACCCCAAAAAGAACCACAAACACCAUGGGUUCAGAACAGUCCCAGCUCGGGGGCGACCCGGUCGGAGCCGGAAGCUCCACUGGCAACAUCCGGGGCGGUAGUUUACGAGCUCAAUCCAGCAAUGCCACCCCCACGCCGGCACGAUCGUCGGCCGCCGGAACCGCAAAACUGUACCGCGGAAAUACCAUUGCUGCCACGGAAAUGUCCGCCCUCAGUCUGGACGAUGGCGGAAGUCAACCGGGCCCAUCCUAUUCGGGGACCCCGUCUUCGGCCUAUAUCUGUGAUUCUCGACCGGUGUCGCCACCGAUGAGCGUGUGCUCCGAUUCCGAUCUCCCCUACAUAUCGUACACCGAUAAACCCAUUGGAGACUCCCCAAAGCUUCGAAAUAAGCAGCAAGCGAAGGGUGUCGGCAAGAUUCGACCCAGUAGCGUAAUUGUUGGCGGGGCCAAUCGCUCAAAUCAGCAGGACAUCGCCCGCAGUGCUUUCGGAAAUCGUUCCAGACCAUACUCGACGGCGGGUUCAUCCUCGAGUGGUUCCUCGACGGCGCACAACAUAGUGGUGGUCAAAUCGGCCGCCGUCAAGGAAACCGGAAUCGAGAAAGAUGACGACAUCGUUCGCUUGCAGGCAGCAAGCAUGGAAGCGAAAGGGUUGAAGAGCGUUCCCAUGUUUCUGCCGGUGAUGCGCGGAACCCUUUCGCUGCCAGCCAAUCGUGAUCCGGAGGUGCUGGAACGGCUCCAGCCGAACCAUAUGAUGAACAUGUGCAGCCGGUUACAGGCCCACUUCAACACAUGUGCCACACAGGUCGCCGGAGAGCAGCAACAGAUCACCAACAAAAUCAAAGAGGUCGAUCAGGAAAUCUCCAGCGCCCUGGCCCAGCUGGUGCAAAAGCAAAAGCUGUACACCUCCUACGCCGAGACGUUUUCCAAGGUGCGCCAGAUCUCGCAGCAACUGACCCGGUGCAAUGACAUACUGAACCAGAACAUCGAAAGUAUGGAGUAUCUGAACAAUCUGCUGGACGUGGACGAUCGACUCGAGCCGUUCGUCUGGAAAACGGAAUAGUAGUGAACGGUGCUACAAGAAAGCAGAAGAAACGACACAUUUUUCCGCUGCACAGAUUGAUGACAUGGUACGGCCAGCUUUCAACUGACCGAUGUCACUGUUGUACAAAAGAUCCCGCCAUUCUCAUGCACGUAAUUUGUUUUAAGUUUUUGUUUUUGUACAUUAUUAUUUCGAUUAAGUCCUCAAAAUAUCUGCCAUGUAUUUUUAAAGUA